UGAUAACUAGUAUUUGUGCUACCUGUUACUUAUACCUGUGACGAUAAGAUAAAUAAUGUCGUAGCCGUACAAUCGUAAUACAGAAAUAAAAAAAAACUACUGUUGUCAGCUGUAAUCAGCUGGGGAAAAAUGCUAAUUUCCCUAAAUAAAAAAUCAUUAAUUACGUUAUAUUUUUCAUUUCUUAGACCUUGCUUGGUACUUUCUCAAACCAAUAUGUCUUCUGGUAUAGUAGAUGCGGAUAAAUACUCUGUGGCCUAUGUGACAGUACCAAGCAUAGAUGUGGGCAAAACUAUUGGACAUGGCUUAGUGAAGAAUAAAUUGGCUGCCUGUGUCAAUGUAAUACCACAAGUAACUUCCAUAUAUGAGUGGGAAGGAAAAAUUAAUGAAGAUAGUGAGGCGCUCCUGAUGAUCAAAACAAGAACAUCACAAGUGGACAAACUAACAGAGUUUGUUCGCACGAAUCACCCCUACUCUGUAUGUGAAGUCAUCUCACUACCAAUCAAGAAUGGAAAUCCACCAUAUUUGAAAUGGAUUGGUGAUACAGUCCCUGAGAAUUAGCAUGAUAGUAUUCUGUUGAACAUAUUCUAUUAAUUUUGGAUGUAUAAUAUCUACAGAUAUCUCCAGAAUUUUGAUAGUUCAGUAAGUCAAAGUUUAACAAAGUUUACCUUCAAAAUAGGUAAAAGCUUUGGGUGCCACAGUGGAAUAGUCAUGUCAUUCAUGUCACAUGAAUUUAAUUGUUUAAGACAUGAUACAUAUUUGAAUAUCUAUAUUAUUUUUGUAGUACAUAAAAUGGGGACAGGUUUCAAGUUGUAGCUAUUAAAUAUUAAACCUAUAUGCACAUCAACUUGUAUAGCAAUGUACCAUGACCUUAAUUAUGCUAUAACAUCUUACAUUAAAAUUAUUUUAUUACAGCUGGAAUAAUAUUGAC